GUUCAUAGCAGCACAAUGUCCACCCCACUUCCACCCAGACAGACCGGUGAAUUCAUCACCGAGAACAGUAAGGAUGUGUUUGUGGAGAGAGAAGGUGUACGCUCCCUUGCAGAGAAGCUGCUUGAGAAGAUUGGACGGAAGGAGAUCACUCUGAAGGGAUGGAAAAUGCUCCAUGAGUUGAACCCACAAGGAUCUGGAGAAGAUGCUGUGAACUGGGUGUUUUUCGCGGACACCUUAAACUUUUCCUUCUGGUCAGAGAAUCAAGAUAAGAAGUACUUAGUCAGGUACAAGGGAAAAGAGUACAGUGGCUACUGGUCUUUUUGUGCUGCAAUCAACAGAGCCUUGGAUGAAGGCAUUCCCAUCACCACUCCAUCGUAUUAUUCCGACAUAACCUUGGAGCAGUUGCGACAUGUUUUCCGUUCUGACACUGAUAUACCCAUUACAAUGAUUGAAACGCGUCUGGAGAUCCUUCAUCAGACAGGGAAAAUUCUCAUGAAGGACUUUGGAGGAUCCUUCCUGAACUGUGUGAAGCUGAGCAAGAAUAGUGCGGUAAAACUGAUGCAGUUAGUGGUGGAGAACUUCCCUUCCUACAAGGAUGAAGGUGUCUUUCAGGGUCAAAAAGUUGCCAUUUACAAGCGCGCCCAGAUCUUGGUGGGAGAUGUCUGGGGGGUCCUGGAAGGAAAAGGUGAUGGUUGCUUUAAUGACAUUGAGAAGAUCACAAUGUUUGCGGACUAUCGAGUUCCCCAAACCUUGGUCCAUUUUGGAGUUCUUAAAUAUUCAGAUAGCCUACUGAAAAAGCUGAAAGAAGGUUGGAUGUUUCAGAAUGGAGAUCGUGAGGAGAUGGAGAUCCGAGGUUGCUCAAUCUGGGCAGUGGAACUGAUCUGUGAGUGCCUCAAAGAACUUUUAAAAAAGAGAGAAGAAAAGAUCGAUAUCAAUUCUAUUCUGAUCAACAACUUCCUAUGGGACUUUGCUCGCGAUAACAGAAAAAUUGUAGAUGUUGUUCCCUUCCACAGAGUACGAUGUAUCUACUACUAG